AUGGGAAAUUAUGACGAGGACACCGCCUUUCUGGGGCAAAAGGGACCGUUUUUUGUCAUCCUUUUCUUUCUCUUGAAUGCCGUCUACAUUUCCACGGGGCUUCACAGCCUCUACAUAGUUUUUGUUGGGGCUUCACCGUCACAUCACUGUCGGAUAGCGGAUGGAAAUCUAAGUGAAGAAUGGCUGAAAGCCAGUAUUCCCAAUGAGAUGGUCAAUGGAAAACUGCAGCCAAGUCAGUGUUGGAGGUACAGCCUGGAGACGGUCAGAAAGCUGUGUGCGCUGGGUUACUCUCCACUGGAGGUUAAUCUGACAGACAUUACACUGGAGACGUGUGUGGACGGAUGGAGCUACAGCACAGAAAUAUACCACUCCACCAUCGUCUCUGAGUGGGAUUUGGUGUGUGACAGCGAGUGGAGAGUCCCGUUCGCAAGCUCAACACUAUACAUGGGCUACUUGCUGGGCUCUCUUGUUUCUGGCCAACUUUCUGACAGGUUCGGCAGGAGGAAGGUUUUCUUCAUGUCUCUGGUGGCUGAAGCACUAGUGAUCCUCGCGCAGUCCUUCUCCGACUCGUGGCUGCUCUUUUGUGUUCUGUAUUUUUUUGUUGGCACAGUCCAAAUAUCCCUGUACAUCACAGCCUUUGUGCUCGGCAGUGAAGUGCUGAGUAAGUCCUUGCGUGUUUUCUUCACGACGCUGGGAGCAAGUCUGCAUUACUGCAUCGGUUACAUGGUGCUGCCGUGGAUCGCUUUCGCCGUCCGUGACUGGAGGUCUUUACUGAGGGUUCUGUCGGGCCUGACGGUGGUCUACAUCCCACUGUGGUGGCUGAUCCCGGAGUCUCCACGAUGGCUUCUCUCUCAGGGACGCGUGCUGGAAUCUGAGACCAUCAUGAGAGAAGCAGCGAAGAAGAACAAGGUCUCUGCUCCAGCGGUGAUCUUCAGCGAGUCCGAGAUAAAGAAGGCGGCGUCCCAGAACAGUAAGUACAGCGUGCUCGAUGUUCUACGGACCAGAGAUAUCCGCAAAACCACGUUCCUGUGUUUACUACUCUGGAUGGCCAUCAACAUUGGAUAUUUCGGCUUGUCCUUGAAUACCUCUAACCUCAGCGGCGAUCCCUUCCUCAACUGCUUCCUAUCCGCGCUCACUGAGGUGCCUGCCUACAUGGUGUCCACGCUUCUCCUGAAGAGCUGUCCUCGGAGACCCGUCCUGUCCGCUUUCCUCGUCAUCGGAGGAGGGUUUCUGCUCCUGCUGCAGCUGAUUCCUGAAAGUAAGAGCUCACACACACAAUACUGUCAAAAUACCUUUGGCGUGGAUAACAAAAUCCUACUGAAUCCUACUGGCGAUUCAGAUUUAAAAAUGAACCUUACAUUUAGAUUUGAAGAGUAA